AGCGGGAUGCGGCGCUGAGCAUGCUGCCGCUGCUGAUCAUCGCCAUGGCGACCCCGGGCGGCGGCCGGGCCUGCGGCGCCGCCCGGGGCAACUGCUCCGGCGACGGCGGCUCCAAGGAGUACUGCUACUCGGCGCGCAUCCGCAGCACCGUGCUGCAAGGUCUGCCCUUCGGCGGCGUGCCCACCGUGCUGGCGCUCGACUUCAUGUGCUUCCUGGUCUUGCUCUUCGUCUUUUCCAUCUUACGAAAGGUGGCGUGGGACUACGGACGCCUGGCGCUGGUCACCGACGCCGACAGCGUGGCGUCGGCGGCGAUGCACUCGGACACUCCCGACCGCUACGAGCGCCUCACGUCCGUCUCCAGCUCCGUGGACCUGGAACAGCGCGACAACGGCUUCUGCUCGUGGCUGACGGCCAUCUUCCGAAUCAAGGACGAGGAGAUCCGGGAGAAGUGCGGCGAGGACGCGGUGCACUACCUGUCCUUCCAGCGUCACAUCAUCGGCCUCCUGGUGGUGGUGGGCGUGCUCUCCGUCGGCAUCGUGCUGCCCGUCAACUUCUCGGGCGACCUGCUGGAAAACAACGCCUACAGCUUCGGCCGCACGACGAUCGCCAACCUGAAGUCCGGGACCAACUUGUUGUGGCUGCACACGACGUUCGCCUUCAUGUACCUGUUGCUCACCGUCUACAGCAUGAGACGACACACGUCCAAGAUGCAUUACAAGGAGGACGACCUGGUGAAGCGCACUUUAUUCAUCAACGGCAUCUCCAAGUACGCCGAAGAGAGUCAGAUCAAGCAACACUUUGAGCAGGCGUACGAGAACUGCGCGGUUCUGGAAGCUCGGAUCUGCUACAACGUGGCCAAGCUGAUGUCUCUGAACGCCGAGAGGAAGAAGACGGAACGCAGUAAGAAGUUCUUCACCGACCUGAUGGCCAAGGAGCACGUCCCCACCAUGAUCAACCCCAAGCCCUGCGGACAUCUCUGCUGCUGCGCCAUCGCCGGCUGCGAGGAGGAGGAGGCGGUCAGCUUCUACACCAAGAGGGAGGCAAAACUGAAGGCGGAGUACCGCAGGGAGAAGGAAAAGGUCCACACCAAACCUCUGGGCAUGGCCUUUGUCACCUUCCAGAACGAGGCCACGACCGCCAUAAUCCUGAAGGACUUCAACGCGUGUCAGGUGCAAGGUUGCCGCUGCCGGCAGGAGCCGCGCUCCUCGCAAUUCGGCGACGCGCUCCACGUGCACGACUGGAACGUCUCGUACGCGCCCGACCCCCAGAACGUGCGCUGGGAGCACCUGUCGCUGGGCGGCGUCUCCUGGUGGAUCCGCUGCCUGAUCAUCAACUGCAUCCUGUUCCUGCUGCUCUUCUUCCUCACCACGCCCGCCAUCAUCAUCUCCACCAUGGACAAGUUCAACGUCACCAAGCCGGUGGAGUACCUCAACAACCCCAUCGUGACCCAGUUCUUCCCCACGCUCCUCCUGUGGGCCUUCUCCGCCCUGCUGCCGACCAUCGUCUACUACUCGGCCUUCUUCGAGGCGCACUGGACCAGGUCCGGAGAGAACCGCACGACGAUGCACAAGUGCUACACCUUCCUGAUCUUUAUGGUUCUUCUGCUGCCCUCCCUCGGCCUGAGCAGCUUGGAUGUUUUCUUCCGUUGGCUCUUUGACAAAAAAUUCUUGGCCGACGGCACCGUCCGCUUCGAGUGCGUGUUCCUGCCCGACAACGGCGCCUUCUUCGUCAACUACGUCAUCGCUUCGGCCUUCAUCGGGAACGCCAUGGACUUGCUUCGGAUCCCGGGCCUCCUCAUGUACAUGAUUCGACUCUGCUUGGCGCCGUCCGCCGCCGACAGACGCAACGUCAAGAGGCAUCAAGCGUACGAGUUCCAGUUCGGGGCGGCGUACGCGUGGAUCAUGAACGUCUUCACCGUGGUCAUGGCCUACAGCAUCACCUGCCCCAUCAUCGUGCCCUUCGGUCUGAUGUACAUGCUGCUGAAGCACCUGGUGGACCGCUACAACAUGUACUACGCGUACCUGCCGUCCAAGCUGGACAAGAAGAUCCAUUCUGGCGCCGUGACUCAGGUGGUGGCGGCGCCCAUCCUUUGCCUCUUCUGGCUGCUCUUCUUCUCCACCAUGCGGACAGGUUUCGAGACGCCCACCUCGGUCUUCACGUUGGUGGUCCUGGUGGUGACCAUCGUGGUGUGCCUGUCCCACGUCUGUUUCGGCCACUUCAAGUACCUCAGCGCUCACAACUACAAGAUCGACACCAAGGACUCGGACGCGGAAGUGGUGGAGAACGGACGCCCGGCCCGCAGCUCCGCCUCCCCGCCGUCCAAAUCGCAGCAGAUGUACAUCGCCCAGGUGCUCCAGGACCCCAACUCGGACGAGCCGGGCGGCGGGGGCGAGGAGGACCGGGCGUCGUCUCAGGACGACGACAUGCUCAACGGCGGCAACAACAUCAAUGAGGCGGAUUUCCACUCGGGGGAGGACAGUCUGAUCGCAAACGAGGUCCGCCAGUAACUGGGGGAGGAGCUCCACGGAGGGGGCGGAGACCGUCCACCGUCCUCGCCACCACGCGAUGCUAGGGAGCGAGCUAACUGGCUAACUAGCUCGCUCCCUAGCUAGCCGGCUAGCGCCACCGCGAGGCUCCUCCCCUUCCGAGCCUGAAGACUUGACCCCGAACGUUGUCGUGGGCGCCCAAGAGCCAUCGUCCAACGGGAAGCACGUCUCUUCGCCAUCCGCCGUCGCUCUCAUCCGUGGCUUUUUUCCAAGCGGUCCCUCGAGCGCUCGUCCGGACGACGGCGACCGGACUCUCCGACGCCGUCCGACUUCCCCGGUGAUCUUUUCACGCAUCGCCGUUGGCCGCGCCGGGACUCCGGGUCGUGACUCGCAACAACUGCGACCCGCGUCUCGAGCGCGACCGGAUAACGGUAAGCUCUGAAAAUGUGUGUGGGUCGCACAUGGAUCGAAACGCAUCACGAUCGGACGCUUUCGCCGACUUUGAAACAAAUUGGCAGAGUUCCUGACGGCAAACGGACAGCGCUGAGAAAGACUGACCGGUCGUGACUCACGAUUCGCUUGUUUUGAGUCAUCUGCCCUGAAAGGAAUAGGUGGGCGGGGGGCAUAAUUAUGUCGACUCGGCGGGACGGGUCGCAACCAGAGCGACGAAAAUGUGUCUGGGUCGCACAUUGAACUUCUGAGUUUGAAUGCGUCACGACCGAACUCUUCCAAUGUCUUUGUUGUUGUUGUUGUUUCCAUGUAUAAUAGCGGGCGCUGCAAGCUAACGUGAGCGCGCAGCGUGCCACGAAGUGAUGAGAUUUUGUUUUUUUGGAACACCUCUUCAUCUGCCAGCUUCUGUUUUGCGCGCAUCGGAGGCCUCGCCCGUUAGCCUCGCCUCAGCGCCGAGAAUAGGUUCGCGCAUGGCACGCCCGGCGUUGUUUCGCUCCCUUCGUCGUACGUUGACGCGACACCUUUCAUCAGCUCGCUACUUAAGGCGCAAAAAGUGUUUUCGAAGAAUGGCCCGGCCAAGCGACUUGCUAGCGCUAGCCUAAAGCCGGCUCGUCCGCAAAGCUUCCGGAGACAUCUUGAAGUCUGGAGCCGAAUAUAACUCAGAAUUUCGGGGGGGGGUUUAAAUCAGGCAUUUGGGGCUAUGCUAAGCUAGGCUAAUUCCGCUUUCUUUUGGACGGCUGUUCACUGGCGCCGAUAUUCAUUUAUUUUUACUUAUGUUUGUCUUUCGUUUUGGAGCAAAGACGGAACUGUCUUGAAUUG